UGCUGUGAAGGGAGAGCGAGAAGUAAAAUAUAAUUAGUAAAUACAUCCAUUUGUGUUGUCAUCUGUAUUUAUUUAUGUUUAAAUUUAAUCAGGUGAAAGUUUUUAAUAUUUUUUUAAAUAAUUCUUUAUAAGAUGGAGGGGUGUUUUCUUUUGUUUGAGUAAAGAGAUGGUCCCACAGUUUAUUGAGGGACACUAAUUAUCAUUCUGAAUACUACAAACCAUGGCACAACAAGCAAUUCCACCUGCUAACAAUACCAUCAGCCUUGCUAGACUCAUUGACUUCAUUUUACAAAGGACUUACCAUGAGCUUACUGUGCUGGCCGAGCUUCUACCCAGAAAGACAGAUAUGGAGCGUAAAAUCGAAAUUGUGCAAUUUGCUAGCCGUACUCGACAACUAUUUAUUCGCCUACUUGCACUGGUCAAGUGGGCCGCCAGUGCCUCCAAAGUGGAGAAGUGUGCCUCCAUUAUGUCAUUUCUGGACAAACAAUCGAUGUUAUUUGUGGAAAUGGCGGACAUGCUUUCAGUCAUGUCCAGAGAUACCCUAGUCAAUGCUAGGUUACCAAGUUUUCAUCUGCCUUGCGCUGUAGAAGUUCUAACUCUUGGAACUUAUUCUCGUCUCCCCACAUGCAUUCGGGACAAGAUUGUUCCUCCUGAUCCCAUUACUCCAGCAGAGAAGCGUGCUACACUUUUGCGUCUCAACCAGAUCAUCCAAUAUCGACUAGUCUCUUCAGAGCUGCCGCCUCAAAUGAGGAAUCUAACCAUUGAAAAUGGAAGGGUAACAUUUUAUGUUGAACAUGAAUUUGAAGUAUCACUUACAUUGAUGGGCGAUAGCCCACUUGUGUCUUGGCGCCUUCUGGACAUUGAUAUAUUAGUAGAAGAUAAAGAAACAGGAGAUGGAGAGGCUCUUGUGCAUUCACUUCAAAUAAAUUAUAUUCAUCAGCUCAUUCAAUCACGCCUCAUCGACAACCCAAAGCCACUUCAUGAACUCUAUAACUGCCUUCAUUCAUUUUGCCAGAGUCUUCAGCUGGAAGUUUUACAUUCACAGGUAUUGCGUUUAUGCCGUGAUCGUCUUCGAGACUUUAUUGUCGUUGAAGAAUAUACAGCUGGAAGCCGUUUAGUACUAUGCUAUUGGAGAUUUCCUUAUGUCUUUAUGGACAAAAAUUCUUUUCUAAACAGGCUUCCGAAGUUUGAGGAAAAUACUGCAGAAAGAGAAAGCAACAAUUGCAAAUUAUGUGUUCAGAUGGACCCAACUGAUCCCAGUCGACCCUUGCAGGUGACCCAUGUCCCCCACCUCAAUCACAAAGAUGCUCAGCUGGCAGAUCAAGCCAUCAAAUCUGACUUUUUAUCUGUGGAGAAACUUCUGAUUCAUACUGUACAUAUUCGCACUAAACACAAGCUACAAGAAUUAAGCGAAAUCCUAAAACCUCUGCUGGGACUACCUGAGUGUACAAUUAGUGGUUCUCCUGCUGUCUUGCACUGCCCCAUUCUACAACCUUGCAUGAUUUCCGAAGAACUCCUCAUCACUGUCAAUACGCACACUGGCCAUUUUCUGGCCCAUGUUCCUCAGUUUGAACCUCCGAUGAUGGAUGAUAUUCAGAAUUGUUUGAAUAAAGACCCAACCAAGGUGGAGAAUCUUAUCUCUGAACUUAGAUUCUGGAUAACUGUCAGGCGAUGCGAGAAGACAAUUCAGCAUCUUCCAGCCACAGCAAGUGAACAUUUACCUUUAAUUAUACAACCUGAUCAUGAACUGAACAAGUUUUCUAAACACAAACUCUACAUCAAGUUAUGCAGGCAUCAAGAAUAUUAUAUUAUUGUGCGAUUAUUGGAAAACCCAUCAAAUCGCUGUGAAAUCCUUCCUGCCUACUACUUGAUGACUGUCUCGCCACAGCCUCUGGAAGAUGACACCAUUGAUCAAAAAGUUGAAACAACAGUUAUGGAUACAGAAUUGCCGAAAACUUACUUGAAAAUAGUAGACUUCUCUCCUCUGGAUAGUUUCAUAGCAACUCAUGGACCAGGUACAGAGAUGGAAUAUGAUCACCAAGGUGUUGGGAAAAAACGUAGACUGAUGGUUCAGAGUGAUACUGGUGUGAAGAAAGUCAAGUAUACUGGCUUCUUCAUCUCUGAAUUGGCACAUAUUGUAGCAAUGUGUGAUGAACGCAUUCCUUAUUCAGCACUGAGCAGAGAAUUGAAUAAAAAGGACGUUUGCCAUAAUGGUAUACAGAUUGAAGCUCAUGGCUCUAAUUAUCAAGUUAAGAUUGUACAACUUCCUGUUCCUGAUGUCAAAGAGACAGAAACUUUCAAUGCCCUUCAUUCUGCACUUCUCAGUUGUACUAUUCGUCUGAAUGGCAAAGGUGCCCGUACUUGGUUUGUGGAAUUUGUUUUCUGUAAUUGCCCUGUACCCAGUGUGUGUCCCAAAGAACAAGGACCCUGUAGAGCCUUGCAUUACACCUAUGACUUUGGUGCAGGCACUAACAAACAAGUGGCAGAAAUGGUGGAGGAAAUGUUGAAGGAUUGGUGCAUCAUGGGACAUUUAUACAAAGUGGUUUUAGAUUUUGCUCAGGCACUCAAAUGUGACCAACACAAUAUGUUUCCAUCUAUCAUGGAAAUAAAAUCUUUCACUUACAAAAGAUUGGUUAUAGGGUAUGGACCAAACAAGGCCAAUAUGGUGAAUAUAUACUGGAAUCCAUGUGACAAACGCUAUCAUUUAGGUUUUGGUGUUGUUGGUCAAACAGUGUCUGCUAGUAAUCCUCAUACUAUUGUUGCAGCACAGUUACAACAUGAAUUUAACCAGCAUCUGUCUGUCAUGACUCUCAUGCAAUGUCUGCAUGAGACAUAUGCACCUUUGCUGACCAUCAACAAACUGCCCACAGCCUCUGAACUUGGAGUGGUUCACAGCAGACCUGCUCUUCCUAUUCAAACCUUUGUUAUCAUGCCUCAAACCUCAACUCAUUUCCGUGUUAUAUAUAGAAAUAUGUUCUGUUUAGAUAUCGAAUGCCGACCGGAGGGCCUCGUUGCUGUUCGUGAUGGAGCAUACAGUGUCUUUGACAAGCAAAAGGCUGUGGAGGAGCUCUCCACCAUCAACAGCAUCAAGGCUUUCCUCAGCAAAUUUGUAGAUGAAACAGCAACACAAGCUCGUCGUCGCUCCCAAACUGAAGAGGAUAGCAAUCCAUUGUCUCCUGUACCAACACUUGAUUCUCUUGAUUCAGGCUUUUUGUCUGUAUCUAGCCAAGUAAAACCAGGCAGUCCAGCCCAAUCAUGUCGUGGGCAGGAUAGUGGAAGUGGACUACGAUUCCAUCUGCCCAUGACACCACCUUCUGGAUCUAACCCACAUACACCAGCAUCACCACAUACAUCAGUAUUAUCACAGCAAGGUUAUGGAGCAUCUCCUAAUCCUUCUUUCUCACUUGCCUCUCCUCCAUCUUUGGGAUCACAGUCACAGCAACAUGUCAGUCCUUCACCUUCUAUCCUGCAUGUACAAGCACAGUCUCCUGGAAACCUUUUCUCGGCCAACUCCCCAGCUAAUCCUCUACAUGCACCUUCUCCUUCUUUCUUGCCAACACCAUCUCCUUCACAAGUGACAAUGCAGUCACCUGCCACUAGCUUCAUUGGGCAGCAAUCCCAUGGAGAUGCAGGCUCUCCAUUUGCUGCUCCUGCUAGUGCAGGUAAUCUUUCAAUGUCUUCACCCGCACCUGGAGCAUGGCCAGGAAGCCCAUCAGUUCCACGGCCCAGUCCAAGACCGACAGGGACAGCUCAAAGCCCAGGAAGUAGCAGUCACCCUGCAUUGCACAGUCCACAGGCUGGAGGAUUGUCUGAUCAUUCAAAAACAUCAGGUGUAAGCAGUGGAUCAUCUAGAGUACUCCACUGUUCAUGGCAGGCAGGUACACCUACUCUUUUGACGCAUAAAUCUUUCGACCAGCUUUGUUCUCCUGGUCCCCUAACUGGCAAUCAGGUACACACCUCUCCUCUUGAACGCUUCUUGGGUUGUUGCUACAUGAGAAAGAGCCUUGGACGUGUUAUUCAAUCAGAGAAUAUGGUGGCUAUGCCAACCAAUGAAGUAGGUGUGACUCUCUUCAAGGCUGAGACUUUACAAUGCCGUGUAAGCCUUAAUCCUCAAACACUACAGUCGCUACAUCUGAAACUUGCCCCAACGCCUGAAUUUAAGGAUCAGUGGACUCAGGAUGAGUUGCAAGUCAUUGAAAGAUAUUUUGAUGCAAAAGUAGUGUCAAUUCCAUACAAGCCAAAUGCCCUCCUUGCCUUUGGAAGGAUUCUGAAUGCUCCACUCCGGAUAUUUAAAGAUUGCAUCCACAUCAUGCAUCUGGAGAUGGUUCCAGACCGUUCUCUGAAGUGGGCCAUCCAGUGGUGCCUCACCAUUCCACCUGCUGCUCCUCAGAUUGCACCACCAGGAAUGUCGGCUAUUGUCAUGGUUAAAGACAGAAUGCUCUUCUUCGCUCAGUUGACAAGGAUUGGUCUUAAUCUAGCCCCUGGAGUUGAACCUCAGAGUGUUGUAUUUGCUGCUGUGUAUGAUAUUAAGAUGAACACUACAACUGUGCCCGAUAAUCGUAGAGAUGCCAUGCCGAUCUCUCCCACAGAUCCAGUUUACAUCAUUACCAAUAUGCUCAAGAGAUUUGCUGAGUACAACCCUAAUCCAAAUGAAUGCAGCAUUUACCCAGCCAUAAGGGAGCUUCUCACUAAUCUGGUUGUCCCAAUCUGAGUCAUUAAUUUUGAUGGUCAAGUACAAGAAAUCUUUGUAAAAUAUUGUGACUGCUUGUAGAAUUUUACUGUGCGUUGUAGAAUGGAUAAUAUAUAUUUUAUAAAUCUG